AUGGUUGGGAUUACUACCAUCGUCCAGUCGGUAUUGAUCGGGGCGACCUGUACCCUCGCCCGGGUGAACUAUCCAGCCAUUCCUCAGGAUGUGACUACUCCAGUCCAGCAGCGUCUGGCGGUAUACGGUCCAAAUGCGGUGUCCGUUGGAUGGAACACAUACGUCAAACUCAACCAGAGUUGCGUUCAAUAUGGUCUCUCAGAGGACAAUCUGCCAUCCAAAGCCUGCUCGUCCUCGCCGACGACCUACGCAACCUCCCGGACUUACUCCAACGUGGUGGUGUUGACCGAUCUGACGCCCGCCACCACCUACUACUACAAGAUCGUAUCGACCAACUCCAGCGUGGACCACUUCCUCAGUCCCCGCUCAGCGGGAGACAAAACGCCCUUUAACAUGAACGCGGUCAUCGAUCUCGGCGUUUACGGUAGAGACGGCUACACCAUCGCCUCCGACAACGCCAAACGGGACACUAUCCCGAACAUCCAGCCCGAGCUCAACCACACCACCAUCGGCCGCCUGGCCAAAACCGUCGACGACUACGAGCUCAUCAUCCACCCGGGCGACUUCGCCUACGCCGAUGACUGGUUCCUGACCCCCGCCAACCUCCUGCACGGCAAGGAAGCCUACCAGGCCAUCCUGGAGCAGUUCUACGACCAGCUGGCCCCCAUCGCCGGCCGCAAGCUCUACAUGGCCAGCCCGGGCAACCACGAAGCUGCAUGCCAGGAGAUCCCCUACACGAGCGGGCUCUGUCCCGAGGGCCAGCACAACUUCACCGACUUUCUCCAGCGCUUCGGCACCACCAUGCCGACGGCGUUCCCCUCCUCCAGCCGCAGCAGCAACGGCACCGCGCAGGCGCUCGCCCGCCGCGCCCAGAGCCUCGCCAAGCCGCCCUUCUGGUACUCCUUCGAAUAUGGCAUGGUGCACGUCGUCAUGAUCAACACCGAGACUGAUUUCCCCGACGCUCCCGACGGCCAGGGCGGAUCCGCCGGCCUGGGCGGCGGACCCUUUGGCACGCCGCACCAGCAGCUCGAGUUCUUGAAAGCCGACCUCGCCAGCGUCGACCGCUCCGUCACCCCCUGGCUCGUCGUCGCCGGCCACCGGCCCUGGUACACCACCGGCUCGGGGAACGCCUGCGCGCCGUGCCAGGCCGCCUUCGAGGGUCUGAUGUACCGCUACGGCGUGGAUCUGGGGGUGUUCGGUCAUGAGCACAACUCGCAGCGCUUCAUGCCUGUGGUUAACGGCACUGCUGACCCCAACGGCAUGCGCGACCCCAAGGCGCCGAUGUAUAUCGUUGCUGGUGGGGCGGGCAAUAUUGAGGGACUGACCUCGAUUGGCACCAAGCCGGAUUAUACGGCAUUUGCCUACGCGGAUGAUUACAGCUACAGUACGUUGCGGUUCUUGGACGAGAAUCAUCUCCAGGUGGACUUUAUCCGGUCGUCGACGGGGGAGCUGUUGGAUUCGAGCACGCUGUAUAAGAAGCAUGCGGAGCCGUUUGUUGUGCAGUAG